AUGUCGACUACCGCUCAGGCCGUCUUGUUGUUCUCGAUCUUCGUUAUCUGCACCGGCUUCACACUUGGUCUGACGUGGGCACCAUGCUACGCAUCAUUAUGCACUGAGGAGUUCUUUCCUGCUGCAACACGCUAUCAUGUCGCGACCUACUAUGGCCUGAUCGCCAGCAUUGCCGCUGGACUCUUCUUACGAGCAUACAGUCCACUCUGCUACCGGAUCAGUACAACCUACUUCGGACGACGCGAGAUCCCGGUCUUCAAGAAGCGCUUCAGCAUUGGAGGGCUGUUUCUGGUCUUCUGGAUACUCACAAUCACGGUCGUAACGACGGUCUUCUGGGUCAAUCCUGAGGUCAACUUUUACACUGCAAGAACAGAGGCUUUAGGUUGGAGCAGUGCAAAAGUUGAUGCUGUUGUGACAGCCAUCAUCGGACACCACAUCGACAUCCUCCUCGGACUCACCCUGAUACCUGUUGGACGCAAUAGUCUCCUGGUCCGAGUCUUCAGACUUUCUUACGGCACUCUACUGUAUACGCACAAACUCCUUGCGUACGUGACAAUCGUCGGAGUGGCCGCACACGCGAUCGCAUACUUCAACUUCUGGGCGGCUUGGGUUGCGGAACCACAUGGCAGUCCAAGAAGGGCGGCAGUAGAUGUCAACAAUCCUACCUUGUCGAUUGUCGAGACCAACGCUCGUGGCGCGUGGAGUAAAGCUGUCCUAGGCACGGGGUUGGCAAGCUUCCUGGCCAUGAUUAUUGUGCUCAUCACCGCCCUGCCAAUGAUUCGCAGAAAAGCAUACAACAUAUUCUACUAUGCGCACAUCGUCUUUGGCAUCGUCAUCAUGGUCGGAGCAUGCUGCCAUGCCACUACCAACUUCUACUUCCUCCUACCUGGGGUACUACUGUGGGUCAUCGACUGGUCAUGGCGAUUGUUCAAUGGAGAUAGUGGUCUGGCCAAGGAGGUCACCGCGACAAUAUCAUCAGCCAGUGGUGAAUGGUACAGGAUCACAAUCCCCAAUAUACCAAGACUGUCCCAGGAUGAGUCGGGUUCGGACAGUGAAGCAGAGCUUGAAAAGCUACCAGCUGUACAGCCAUUGCAGACAUAUUAUAUCAACAUUCCAAGCAUCAGCAAGCUGGAGAACCAUGCUUUCACCGCCGCCAAAGUCGCAUCGAACGGCUCCGAUACAGUCUUGCUAUUCCAGAAGACACCGAUAUCAGCCAUCAAGCGGAAGGACAAAGCACAAAAUGGAGAAUGGACAUGGAAGCUGAGCCGAACGAUCGAGGAAGUGAUGCCCAAGACGAGACGGCACGAGAUUCAAGUCAGAGUGGAAGGUCCAUACAUGCCGGUCACGAAAGGCUACGAGACUGCCGACAAGGUCGUUUGUGUCGUCGGUGGCACUGGUCUGACUGGCGCAUACUCCCUAGCACGGUGGUGGUAUCAGCAUCGCCGUGGUGAGCCAAAUGCUCACUUCACGCUCAUCUGGACUGCCAGGGCACGCGGAUCAUUCGAUCUAGAAGAAUGGACCGAGCUCGUUGAGAUGUGUGCCUCGUCGCCGGAUAUGUCGUUGCAAGCACAUUGCACUGCUAAAAGUGGGCGUCUCGACAUCUCCACCGAGUUGCGGAAGAUCUUCGCGCGCGGUUCUGAGAAGGAGACCAACAUCGAGGCCAGUGCUUGGGUAUAUGCGUCCGGGCCGAAUGGCCUGUUGACUGCUGCAUCGGAUGCUUGUGUCGAUCUUGAAGCAGAGUUGAGAGUCAGCAAGAAAGGUGGAAGCGACAGCGUGCUUGCCAUUUCUGCUUUAAGUCACUACACUGCUGACUGGGAAGUGUAA